GCCUUCCAGUGAUCGGCGUCGCAGCGCUGGCAAAAUGGCGGCGCCCAUACUGAGCGCGGCGCUGUACGGAACACGGGCCGGGCGGGCGUUCGGUACCGCUGCUGCUCUCUGCAAGCGGGCAGCCCCUCUAGGGCCAAUGCCUAAUGAAGACAUAGAUGUCAGCAACUUGGAGACACUGGAGAAAUACCGCAGCUUCACUCGCUAUUUCAAAGUGGCUGAAAAGGAGAGUAAGAAGACUCCCUGGUGGCAAACAUACAGGAAGCAUGUAACACCAGAGCAAGAUGAAGAGGCAAAGAUAGACAUUGGCCUGCCUUACUACAGACCAUCACGGGCAAAGGAACUGAAGGAGAGAAAAGAGAUAUUGAAACAGAACCGCCAGAGCAUGGAAAUGGAAAGAGCAUCCCGCCUCAGGACGUUGGUGAUUCCACUUGACGAAGUCAAGGCAGAGUGGGAGAAAACCAAUGGCCCAUUGCAUAAGCAGCGUGUCGCCGAGCACUACGGGAUAUACCGCGAUAUGUUUGAUGAAGCCACAUUCGUCCCCAGAGUGGUUCUGCGGAUAGAAUACAACCUAGAUGACGAGCAUGUCAUGCCAGUAUAUCAUGGGAACUUUGUGACACCCACCGAGGCUUCCAGUUCCCCAGAAGUGAUAUAUGAGGCAGAUGAAGGCUCCCUGUGGACUCUGCUGCUCACUAAUCUGGAUGGACACCUGAGAGAUGCUGAUUCUGAGUACAUCCACUGGCUGGUGACCAACAUUCCAGGCAACAACGUAGAUUCGGGGACAGAGAUUUGCCAUUACUUCCCCCCAUUCCCUGCCAAGGGAACUGGCUACCACCGCUUCGUCUUCCUCCUCUUCAAGCAGGACCGACCAAUCGAUUUCACUGAAGAUGUUCGGCCGACCCCAUGCCACAGUCUCAAGAUGAGAACCUUCAAGACAUUUGACUUCUACAAGAAGCACCAGAACGAUAUGACCCCAGCUGGGCUGGCAUUUUUCCAGUGCCAAUGGGAUGAUUCCGUUACUCACGUCUUUCACAACCAUCUCAACAUGAAGGAGCCAGUGUUUGAGUUUGUGCGGCCCCCUGUGUAUCACCCCCCUCAGAAGAAGUUUCCACACCUGCAGCCUCUGAGGUACCUGGAUAGGUAUAGGGACAGCCACGAGCCCACGUAUGGCAUUUACUAAGGAGUUUGCCACCUCUCCAGGAGCUCCAGGCCAUUGUGGCAGGAAUACUUUACCUUCUCCAGAUGCGUCAAAUGACUACGCUGUCUGGGAUGGUCCAUGUCUCUGGGAGAAGGGGAGUGUGGACUUUCGGAAUCAGCAUGAUGUGAUCCAAGCUCUGUUUCAUGGACAAUACCAGAAAGGGUGUAACUGAGGUUCGCAGAUAUUUCUGCUUUUGGCAGUUACCUGGUCAAAAGCCUUGUUAAUAGAAGGUAUUUAUGGCCGUGAGAGCGUAUCCAUAUCUGCUCUGAAGGAGCCAGAUGCUAGUGGUAGCUGAAUGGCCCAGUGUCUUCCAAAGGCACCAUGUCUCACUUCACUGCAGGAGCCAGAGCUCUGAGCAAAGGUGGGCCAAGGCUGACUCGAUCUGAUUAGCCAGUUCAGAUCAUGUAUCUGUGCAGUGACAGAAAAAUACCCUCCUCUAUAUCCAACCCAGUGAUCUGUGCAGCCUGGCAGAGGCAGAACUGUCCAUCCGGUGCGUCGUCUCCUUCCCCUGCCAUGAACUUCCCAGUGCUGGGAUCCUGAGCAGCAUCCUUCAUAUUUUUGUACAGAUAUUUCAAAAAUCUGAAUAAACGCUUUCCAAGCAAAGCUGG